UUAUGCGCGCCUCUGUUGCCCCCAAAAAAAUUGAGAAGGAAAACUUCAUAGAAAUGGCGGAGGGUGCAACAUCUCUGAAGGGUUUGCGAGCUCAAAUGGCUGCAGCUGCGCAGGCACAGGCAGAGGAGCGGCGCAGCCUAGCAGGGAACAGCCCAGGGCCUGCAGCAGCAGUAGCAGCAGCUAACACACCAUCCCCAGCAGUAGCAGCAGCUAACACACCAUUCCCAGCAGUAGCAGCAGCUAACACACCAUCCCCAGCAGUAGCAGCAGCUAACACACCAUCCCCAGCAGUAGCAGCAAAGUCUCCCCGACCAGUCAUUGAUGGUGCUGCACUAAGGAUAGACGAGCGUCUUCGAGUGGCGAAAGAGAGACGAGAGGAGGCCGAUAGGCAGCAAGCUACGAAGGAAACUCAGAUCCUGGAGCGGGAACGUAAGGCCAAGCUGCAGGUGGAGCGUCAGAUGGAGGAGCGCCAGAAGAAGCUGGACGAGCAGCGCAGGAAGGAGGAGCAGAGACGCUCAGCCGUGGAGGGGAAGAGGAAGCUAAAACAGGAGGAGGAGAAGGAGCACUAUGAGGCGGUGAUGCGGCGGACCCUGGAGCGCAGCCAGAGAGUGGAGCAGAAGCAGAAGAGGUGGUCCUGGGGGGGGCUUUCAGAGUCAGACAACCGACCUGGAGACCCUGACGCAGGCGCUUCCUCUCCAGUAGCUAUAGUUAUCUCCCCCGCAUCUCCAGAAAAGCCCCCCAGGACACAAGCUGACAAGCGCUCUACCUCCACCAUGAACCUGAAACAGCCGGCCGAUUCUGGCAUCAGCAAGCGCCUGUCCUCCUCCUCCGCCACCCUCAUCAAAUCACCUGACAAAAGUGCUCGUGUGAGGAGUUCGUCACUGAACCGGUUGCCUAGAAACAACAAAGUCGACCUAGACACUCAGCCCACUAAGGAAGGCAGAAAAAAGCUUCAGGUGGAACAGACAGGCCCCUCCCUGAAGAAGAGAAGCUCCUCCCUGACACGAGCUGGGGGGGGCAGAACGCCGACCCCCUCCAAGCUCGAUAAGGGGACGUCAGACGACCAAGCUCGCAAGCCCCUGGCGAGCCCCGUGGAUGGAGGGUUCCUCAGUCGCCUUCUCAUCCCCACCCAGGCCUCAAUAGCUAGGAGCAAGAGCGCCGCAGCCCUGUCCGAAGGAGGCGAAGCCCCAGAGUGUCACCUGUGUCCUCGUUCAGCCUCGCCCAGCCCCCUGCACCUGAUGCAGCGAGGACCCGUGCGCAGCCGCAGCAUCGACCGGCAGAAGAGCACCACCCUGCCCACCUCGGCCUCGGCAGACCAACUGAACCCCUCACUGAAGGAGAAACGGUUCUCGUCGCCCGGAGGGAAGCGCCCUGCCUCGCCCUCCAACAUCGCGGGACGCCACCGCUCGCCCUCCCCUGCCACCCUCCCCGCCAGCAAAAGAACCCCCUCCCCCAGUGCAGCAAAGCAAAGCCCCCGUAACCGUCCCCCGUCACCCGGAGGUACCAAACAUCGCCCCCCGUCCCCUCAACCCAGCUCGGCCAAGCCCCCAUCCCCUCAGCCAAGCUCGGCCAAGCCACCACCCAUCCAGAGACCGGCCCUCACCCCGACCGGCCCCCCCCUGCGGAAGAAAGACUCCAAGCCAAAGGACCUGUGUCCCAUCCAGGCUGUGGCCCCCCAGUCCCCAGAACCCCCCCAGACCAGCUCAACACCGACUCCUGCUCCCACAUCCUCCACUAAGACCAAAGACAAGGACGAGAAGUCCAUGGCGGGCACCAACUCUGCAGCCGAGGCCGCCAUGAUCCUUGCCGAGAACCGCCGUCUGGCACGGGAGAAGAAGGAGAGAGAAGAGGCACUCCGAGUACUGAGAGAGGAGGAGGAGAAGCUGAGGAAGGAGGAGGAGAAACGCUUGGCCGAGGAGGCACGGUUGAAACGCCUGGAGGAGGAGUGGAGGCUAGCGGAGGAGAAGAAGAAAAAGGAGGAGGAGGACGCUCUCAUGGCCGAGGCAGACCGAGAGAGACUGGAGGCUGAGGAGGCCGGGAGACAGGCUGAGCUACAGAAAGAGCGUGAAGAGGCGGAGGCUCAGGCUGCAAUUGAUGCAGAGAAGGUCCACAUUGAGAGGGAGAGGGUAAUGGCCCAGAACCAUAAGGAACGCAUGGAGAGGAAGAAGAGAAUUGAGGAGAUCAUGAAGAGAACCAGAAAAGGGGACCAAGAAAAGGGAGGAGAUAACGAUGAUGAUGAUGAUGAUGAGGAUGAGAAAGACAUACAGGAUGAAGAGGGAGAGGAGGAGGGCGAAGAAGAAACCAACUGUGUCGAAACCAAGGACGAUGAGUCAACCCAGCCCGGAGAUAUUGCCUUGGAGACGGACGACCUGGAGCGUGGACUGGCCCGCAGCGAACCAAUGGGAGUGCGGGAGGAGCCGUUGGGAUGCGUGAACGGGAUACCGGAGGCAGACAACAAGGAGAACAACAGAACCACCGCUGAGGGGCCUCUGGCUGUGAGUCCAGUGCCUAAGGUUCGUUUAGUGGGGGGCUCAGAGUUCCUGAACGAGGACUCUAACAAGCUGUCCCCGGGGCUGAACGGUAAGCCUGGCCCCUGGAGCUUUGAGGAAUUCAUUGACCUGGGAGUUAACUCCAAGGGCCGUCCCCUCAUCGAUGCUGACGGCCGCAACCAGGGCCUCAUCGACUGUGACGGGGCCCCCAAUGGACCCAGGGUGGCCUUCGAGGACAAGGGGACCCCCGUGGCCACCCUCCACCCCUCCAGUCAGCCCAUUGAAGCCCUGUCAGAGAUGUGAGGCUGUAGCUCUCCCUUCAGAGGCCUGUGAAUAUUGCACUUCCAGAGUUCUUGUCCAGCUGAGCUCCAGACCCCCUUACCCCCUCUACACGUACACACCCGCCCUCAGCCAGAGGAAGAGCACAGGGGUUGAGGGGGGGACAGGGACUCCCAGAACGCUAACGUUGCACCCCCACCACAUGAAAAGAAAAUCUAAAAAGCGAAACAAAGCUUCAGGGGAAAAUCUCUAUUCCUCCUUCAAUGUGCUCACUUCAAGGGCUCUCAUCCUCCCAUACGUAUAACAGUUGACACUUGGUUAUUUUUUAAAUGUUGUUUUGUUCAUACUGUUGUUUUUUAAGUGUUGUGCAGGGCGUGCGACGUAAUUUAUUAAUUUUGUUGUCUUCGUUAAAUGUAAUUACUGGUUUGAGAAUAUUCCAGGAUCUAUGUACAUAACACUUUGCUAUAUGAUCGCUAUGAGUUCAUUACUUCUCGUGUCAUGAGUGAGUCAGGAAACUCUAGUACUGAUUGGUGGGCUGGGGAACCUGGGUAUUGUAGUCUUUCAGGGUCUGCCUACAUGAGCCCUAAGUAUCUCCAGUGGAUAAGGGAGUAUUUACACGUGUGUUACGACUUGCCGGUUCCCAAACCAGAAGCGGCACUAUGUAACUCUAAUCCCAUCCUACCCAAAUUGUAAUCCGACCUAGAAUUCUGGAUUUGUCCUUGCUCUCCUUUAAACUCUCCAGGUCCUAUUCUCCCAUGGUUUACCCCUAUGCCCCUCCGCCUUCCCUUGGCAUCUCCCAGCAGUCCCUCACUCCUGCUCUUCUCCUUAUGGACACUAGGGGGCACUCAGGUCUAUGAAUCAAACAAAUGGUUUUAUGAAAUGACUGUUGCCUACUAACCUAAGGUAGCAGGCAUAAAAUAAAUGCCUGAGUGGGGUCGGAAGAAACCGGAAGCAUACAGCUUUCAAACUUCGCCUCUUCUCAGCUUUUCCCCUGAAAACCGGAUGCUUCCAGUUUCUUCCGGCACUGCUGAGGGUGGUUGCCUAUUUCAAAUUUACAAACUGAAGGAUGUAGGAAUUUGACAAAGCUGGUGAUUUGGUAAAUAUUUGUGAACUGUUGCUGUUAACUUUCGGUUCCUGGUCUUUAGGUUUAUGUCCUCAGAUCUUGACAUGUUAUGUUUUUACAUGUAUGUAGACUUAAUGUUUAACUAACUCAUAUCAAUUUUGAAUUUAAUUGCAUCCUGAGCGCUGAGGUAUAACUUGACCCCCAGCAAUGACUGCAUGAAUUUAUACACUUACCAUAUGAAUGGCUAUAGCCCGUAGUGGAUUAAUGUGUGUGUAUGUUGGUGAAUUGCAGUCAGACGAGGUCCAUGAGUUUCAUUUUACGUCACUCUUCUCUAAGGGGUGUACUAGUCCAGAAACUAACUUGAAUGGUUGGAAGUUUUCUCUUACGAUGCCCAAAGUUCCUUUUUCUAGGGCUAAAACACAGUUUUGACCUGGCUGUAGAUGUAUGGAGUGUCUCCUACAUUCGCUGUCUGUCUAGCUCGUUCCAUACAAAUUCCAGUGCUUCUCCACUAAGCUUCUAUGUUACUUCUCCUGGUAAAAAAAAAAAAGUGUUUGUUUCAAUUAUUUGUGUCAUAAUUUGGACG